AUGUUUAAAGGAAUGAUACACUUUAAAUAUAAUGUAUAUAAUGACAGUUUUCAAACGAUAAUACCAAACUUAAACCAUUUUCGAUUAAUAAAGAUUCCAAGUACACUUUUGUUGAUAAGAUUGAAGUCAACAUCAUCAAGAGUAUCAGAAUCAACAAUUGUCCCAAAAAAAGAACUGUUAAAAGGAAAUAGAAGUAAACUUUGGACCGAAGAUGAAUUUAUAACACUUAGAAAUGCCGUUAAUAAACAUGGAAAAGAUUGGAAUUAUAUAUCAAAGAAUUAUUUUUUUGAAAAUCGGACACCAAGUGCAAUAUUAACUAAAUGGAAUCGUUUCUGGACCAUAAAUGAAUUACAAACACUUAAAAAAGCCGUAAAAAAACAUGGAAAAGAUUGGAAUUAUAUAUCAGAAAAAUAUUUUAAUAAUAAUCGGACAUCAAAUGCAUUAUUAACCAAAUGGAAGUAUUUAAAAAAUGAGUUAAAUUUGAAAAAUUCCAAAAUUAUUGGUAAUCGUUGGACCGAAGAUGAAUUAAAAACACUUAAAAAUGCCGUUAAAAAACAUGGAAAAGAUUGGAAUUAUAUAUCAGAAAAAUAUUUUAAUAAUAAUCGGACAUCAAAUGCAUUAUUAACCAAAUGGAAGUAUUUAAAAAAUGAGUUAGAUAAAACUGAAGAUGUUGUUUCAAAUUUGAAAGAUUCCAAAAUUAUUGGUAAUCGUUGGACCGAAGAUGAAUUAAAAACACUUAAAAAUGCCGUUGAAGUACAUGGAUGUGAUUGGAAGCUUAUAUUCAAAAAAUAUUUUCAUGGAAAUCGGUCAUUAAGAGCAAUUUCAAAUAAAUGGAAACAGUUUAAGAAUGAAUCAUGGUCCAAAGAAGAGGACAAAUUAUUAUUUGAUUUAAUUAAAGAACAUGGAAUGCAUUGGAAGAAAAUAUCUAAAUUAAUGAAUCGGUCUCAUGAUUCUGUCUCAAAACGUUAUGAAAAGGUUACGCAUGAAAAAUGUGAAAAGCGUGAAAAGCGUUUGACGUACCGGGAUCGGAAAAAAUAUAAUUUAUAUGAAAAUUAUGAUGAGCUACAAAAGUUAAUCGAUAAAUAUGGUAGGGAUUGGACAAAAAUUGCUAAAAUAAUGAAUCGUUCAAAGAAUUCAGUACUUAAACAAUAUCUUUUUAUGGAGAUCGGACAAAAAUUGCUAAAAUAA